AUGGCAAAUCCCCCGACCACUGCAUCCACCGAGGGCAGUACUACAGAACCGAUCAACGGUGCUGAUCGAUAUUACUUUGAGGGUGGUCUCCGAAGAGUCAAGCCCUAUCACCAUACCUACAACACCUACUGCAAGGAGCGAUGGCGGGGUAGGACGUUAUAUGACAUUUUCACGUCCGAAUUUAGAGAUCGCACGCCUGAGUAUUAUAAAAAAGCGAUUGAAGAUGGGCGCGUUCUCGUCGGCGGAAAAGUCGCCAACCUCGAAACCAUCGUCCCCAACGGCGCAAUUGUCUCGCAUUCCACCCACCGACACGAACCUCCCGUUAGCUCUCGCCCCAUUGGCAUAAUCCACGAAGAUGAUGACAUGAUCGUGAUUGACAAGCCCGCUGGAAUCCCCGUCCAUGGCGCAGGACGAUACCACUUCAAUACCAUCCUCGAAAUCAUGAAAGCUGACCGUCCUGGUUUCAAGCCUCUUCCAUGCAAUCGACUGGAUAGACUGACGUCUGGCGUAAUGUUCAUAGCUAAGAAUCCCAAGGCCGCGGAAAAGUUCGCCCUUCAACUCAAAUCACGCACUUUGCAAAAGGAGUAUGUGGCGAGAGUCAGCGGGCGGUUCCCUGAUGGCGUUGUGCUCUGCGAUCAACCCAUCAUGUCGGUCAGUCCUAAGCUAGGCUUGAACAGAGUUCGUGCUACAGGCAAGGAAGCCAGGACAAAGUUUCGUCGCAUAGCCUACUACCCAGCUCCACCAAAGACUGAUGCUGAAUCUGCAACGACAAGCGGAGAUCGACCUGCCACACCACCAGCUACAGCCACCGAGGACGAAGGCUACAGUAUCGUACACUGUCUCCCCCUGACGGGCCGCACACACCAAAUCCGCGUCCAUCUUCAAUUCCUAGGAUACCCCAUCUCCAACGACCCCAUCUACUCCAACAGGCGUGUCUUCGGACCCAGUCUAGGUAAACAUGAUGACAGCGCCAAAAACGACAGCGAGAUCAUUGAUCGACUCUCCAACAUGGGCAAGACAGAAUUAGCAGACACAACCGCUUACCGUACCCAUCUCACGUGUCCACCCGAUGUAGCACCGGACACAGAUCCCAAUGUGAUUGAGGCAAUCAUGUUCCGUGAACAUGAAGCUGCCGUAGAUGCCUAUCACAAGCGCAAGGGUGAGCGACUUUCUGGCGAAAUUUGCGACGAAUGUGAUGCGCCGCUCUACACGGAUCCCGGUGUUCAUGAACUCGGCAUUUUCUUGCAUGCAGCUAGGUAUGCGGACAAUGAUGGGACCUGGAGAUAUAAAAGUGCCCUGCCAACAUGGGCCUUCCCACCGGAAGGCAUGGAGGGUCCUACUAUGAUUCCCGAUUGGCGUGAACCAGGUGAAGGCGAGGAGUUGAUUAUCAAUAAUGGGUUUGCAGGUUCUAAAUCUGAGAAUCCUGCUGAUGGUGACGGAGCCAGGGGAGAUGAUGUCUUAGCUCUUGUGCGUGGGGUUGGAAUGGUGAAUCUUUCGCAGAAGUUGAGGGAUGGGCAGGAUGUGCUGAUUGAGUAG